CUGCGCCCCAGCAUGGCCCAGCCCGGGGAUAUGCAAAGCGGACCUCCCCACGGGCCUGGCACGUGCGUGUGCUGAGCCUCUCUCCCAGUACGCCCCGGGCGAGCGCGCUGCAGCCACCGAGGCCCCGCCCCUCCCCACUCAGGACCGAGAGUUGGAAGGGCGCUUAGAGAUAUCCUAGUCCAACCACGUCAUUUUACACUGGGGAGGCGGGAGAGCACGGGGUCACACAGCAUGAGAGCGAGGAUUCGAACCCCAGGCUCCCCAGCCCCUGGCCCUGCCCCGCCCUAGGAAAAAUACGCACCACCCCCGACCCUCCGCCGGGGAUGGGAGAAAGCCCCCUCCCCUAGCAACGGACCCGAGGCCCCGCCCCGGUCCUACCAAGCCCAGGAAGAGCGGGGUAGACGGGACCCUCCGGGGGUCUCUGAUGAACCGCUCCUACCACCGCUCCCCCCCUGCGCCACUGCCGGGAUGGUCCGGCCCACUGCGCAGGCGCCCUGGGUCCCGCCCGCCAACCGCUCCCCGUUGCCCCCCGCCCGCCGCCACAGCCGUCGCCGUCGACGCUCGUUCUACGCAGGCGCCGGGCCCCUGCGUGCUGCCGCCGCCGACCGGAGCGAGCGGAGCGAGGUCGCCAGCGGUGUGUUGGUGUGAAGGCCAGGACUGCUGGAGAGAAGAGGCCCUGCUGUGGAGAGCUGGCUGGGGGGGGGGGAACCCCAUCUUGCUGUUGCUGUCACCACUGGACAUCCCCCCUCCUCACACCCUCCCCCGGCCAUGACGGAGACUCGGGAGAACACUGAGACUGGGGGCUAUGCCAGCUUGGAGGAGGAUGAGGAGGAGCUGUCCCCAGGCCCAGAGCACCCCUCUGAUUCGGACUAUACACUCUCAGAGCCUGACUCAGACGAGGAUGAAGAAGAGGAGGAGGAGGAGGAGGAAACAACAGAUGACCCAGAAUAUGAUCCUGGCUACAAGGUGAAGCAGCGUCUUGGUGGGGGGCGAGGGGCGCCUUCUCGGAGGGCCCCUCGGGCUGCCCCACCCCCAGGGCCCCCACCCCAGCCCUGCGCCCUAUGUGGCCGCCCACCUCUGGGGGAGGGUGCCGCAGCCCCUGGGGGCCCACCCUGUCGGCUGUGUCGCCCAGCUGCCCCCCAGGCAACACCCCCUGCCCGCACUGCUACUCAGCGCCAGGUGGGUGAGGAGGAGGAUGAAGAAGAGGAUGAGGACGAAGGGGCCACCUCCACCGGAGGUGAUGGGCCCCCUGGGGAUGACGGGGGUGCUUACCACUGCACAGAGUGUGAGGAUUCAUUUGAUGACCUUGGGGAGCUGCAUGGCCACUUCAUGCUGCAUGCCCGAGGGGAGGUGUGAGGCUGACCUUUCCUUAGAGGCUGGGUAUAGGGCUGAGAAAAGGGAUCACUGGGGGAUGCAGAGCCGCUCAUCAAAUGUUUGUCUUCUGGACAGUAGCUGUGUUAGGGUUCAAAUAAAGCCAGAUUUCUGUGUGUGA